AUGAAGAACUAUAAAGCCUUAUCUUGGGUACUACUAUUUUUGUUGCUCAACAUAGGAAACCCACCUAAGCUCUUUGACAUUGACACCGGUAGUGAUCUCACUUGCCCUGCAACGGUUGCACAAAGAAUCAAACGUCCUGAUGAUCAUGAAAUUGGGUAUUCUGAUGAGUUUCCUCCAAGGCUUGCUAAUGGAUCCACUAUGCACCCUCAUCUGACAUUUGGAUGCGGGUAUGAUCAGCACAACAGCGGGAAUCCUUGGCCUUGGCAGAGGGAAAUCACAAUGGUAAAGGCUUUCGAUGAGCUUGUUCCUUCUUCUGGAGUUACAUGGACUUCACCUAGCAUGACGGCAAAGACUACAGGUGUCAAAGACAUCAACUUGAUAAGAAAAGACUUGAAUGGGAAGCCUUUGGUGAAUGAGAUGCAGAGCAUUGGAUGGUUUCCUUCAGACUGUGACAAGCUUCCCAAAGUGAAAGCAAGACUACGGAGGAGAUUUGUCGGAGGAGGAGGCUUAUCCGAGAAGGUUUGGUUUGAUAAAAGAGCUGUUCUCAGCAACUGA